GACGUGAGUCUCCAUAUCCUCCUCCUCUGUAGGUUUUCUGUGUCCUACCAAACACACAUCAGUUUUCUCACAUGACAAUCUAUGUGUGGAGUUCACUUCACUGACGGAAGAAAGUGGAAAAUAUGUCUUUGUCUUAUAUUCUUCUCAUUUAUGUUGCCGGUGUUGCGGUAAAAGAAAGUUGUGCAGAUUCGGAUCCCACUCCCACUAUUGUAUUUUCCUCUGGGUACAUCAAUGUAGCUACACCUGUUACAGUACGCUGUGAGUCACCAAAAGGCACAGAGUGCAUUUUCCACAGAGAUCAUGACCCCAAACCUAUAAGAAAAGUGAAUUACAAGCAGGGUGCUUGCCAGUUCAAUUUGUUAUGGAAUGAGUUCAAAAAGUGGAACAAGACUGAAGUAGAUCUCAGCUGUGUAAUUCUACAGAACAGAGAAGAUAAAACUAUCAAAACCUCAAAACCUAGUGAUGCUCGAAGACUUAUAGUGAGUGAUCCAAUUGGAAAGCCCAGUGUUCAUGUGGAGAAGACUGGGAAUUACCUCAAUCUUCGAUGUGAUGCCAAGGCUGGCACCUCAUGCUACUUUUAUCUGAACAAUGGUGACUCAAACUUCAAAAAACUACCCUUCGUAGAAAAUGUCUGUGUGGGGAGAGUGGCAGAAGAGGAACUGCAGAGGAAGAGCAGCAGUGCUGAAGAGAUCUUCAUCAUCUGUGCUGUGGAGCUGGUGGUAGAGGGUGAAGAUACUGUGACAUCACAGCAUAGUGAACCCCUCGGUAUCACCAUAGAUGUUGUAAAUCCUCCAGGAGCUACUAGUUCCCCAUCAGCGUUCAGUAUAAUCAAACCUGUUCAGGAGGAGACAAGCAGCAAUGUCACAACCCAAGGAAGAGUUUCUUCAGGUCCAGUGUUCCUCAUCAUCAGUCUGGGUGCUGGUUCCCUUUUCCUGGGUCUGCUAGCUGGGUCUGUGCUGUGUGUUCUUCAAAGCAAUUGUGGGGUUCAAUGCAGGCCUGUAAAUACUGGAAGCCCACCUGAGCAGCAAGACCAAACCCCACUUUGUGUCUAUUCUGUCAUCACAAAGCCGUCUAGGGAUGAGGAAGAGGACAGUAGUCUGCAAUACACUACUGUGACAUAUACCAGUGACCGAGCUAGUCUUCAAUAUGCAACAGUGACAUCUACCGGUAACCAAGUUGGACCUGGGCGCAGCAAGAUCAAGUUUGAAAUAGCUGGAGAGUACGCCCUCUUAGCAGAAUCAUAGAAGAAGAAACAUUUUCUGGAUAACAUGUUUUGCCAUAGUUUACAGUUACAAUCCUGUCUUUUUUUCUUCGUAUUGGAUCAUAAUUUAGUCAUUGUACAAAAAAUACUGCCACAACAACAAAGACUAAAGAUAUCUACUCCUUUCUGAAAACAAGCAGCUUCAACUAUUUGCAUUUUAGGUUAAUAUAAAUAAAUUCAAAAUAAACUUUGUCUGAAAUAUAAAAUCAAUAUUUUCCUAAAUUGAGUUACCCAAUUUAGUCAGCAGUCACCAAUCAGUAGUCACCAAUCUAUUUCACUCCUUGACAAGAGUCAAUAGAGACACAAAGCCACAAGAGGGUAGAACACAUGUCAAACUUUGCUUGUUACAUCUCUACAUCUCUCUCUCCUUUUCUGAUCUCUCGCUCUCUACAUCUCUCUUUAACCAUGUCUGGUGUAAAUUAGUUUUCAGUGGUGGAAAAAGUACCCAACUGUCAUACUUAAGUAAAAGUAAAGAUACAUUAAUAGAAAAUGACUCAAGUAAAAAUGAAAGUCACCCAGUAAAAUUCUACUUGAGUAAAAGUCUAUAAGUAUUUGGUUUAAAAUAUACUUAAGUAUCAAAAGUGAAUGUACAACUAAUGUCAAAUUCCUUAUAUUAAGCAAACCAGAAUGCACCAUUUUCUUUUUUUUCUUAUUUUUUACGGAAGGCCUUGGGACCACUUCCACACUCAGCUAUCAUUUACAAACAAAUCAUGUCAGUUUAGUGAGUCCGCCAGAUCAGAAGCAGUAGGGAUGACCAGGGAUGUUCGGUUGAUAAGUGCGUGAAUUUGACUAUUUUCCUGUCCUGCUAAGCAUUCAAAAUGUAAUGAGUACUUUUGGGUGUCAAUGAAAAUGUAUGGAGUAAAAAUUACAAUGUUUUCUUAAGAAAUGUAGUUAACUAAAAGUAAAAGAAGUCAAAAAUAUGAAUAGUAAAGUAUAGAUACCCCAAAAAACUACUUAAGUAUUACUUUAAAGUAUUUUUACUUAAGUACUUUACACCACUGUUGGUUGAAAAAGUAUUUUUUGUUAUUAUCACGGUUCACUUACAGUAUGUGCCUUUACUUCCGCCUGAUGAUACACUACCUCCACAUUUCCUCUCCCUGCUUCCUGAUUUACAGAUCUGCUACUCUAUGGACCCAACCUCUUCCUGUAGUCUGUCAACAUCUGUUCCUCUCAGACCAAUUUCAUUCUCAUAGUGGGCUAUAAAUAGAUGUGCAAAGGUUUUAAGAUAUGAUUCAUUUAAACAAGUAUACUUAAACAAGUAUGCAUGUGUAAAUGAACACCUUUCUUGAUUUAUAAGUAAAUUAUUCAUGUGCAAAGCUUCAACUAGAGACUAAUGAAACCCACAUGAUAAUUGCAACAUUUAAAUAAUAUUUGAAAUCGUUUUUUUUUUUUGCAGUUAGAAGUGGUUCCUGCCAGUUAGGCCUGGUUAGGCCCAACCAAAUCUCGAAAACCCAUGAACAAAAUCUUGCAUGAACAUAACUCUCAUAACCCCUGUCUCCCAACAGAGGUAACAUGUUUGUAACUGAUCUUAGGACAGAAUAGGCCCACCCAGAUCAGUCUUAUCUACACCUGCAAUUGGAGCACAUUACACACCUAUGACAGCUACAGGUAUGAAAGUGUAUAUGAAAAUUAUGCACCAUCACAGAAGGGUCAUAGGUGGGAGAUAUUGUUUCACCAUAAAAGGAGAGAGGAGAGACACAAAAUACAGUGUGUCACUCUCACACUCACUACUGUGGCAUUGCCUGAGUCAUUAUCUACAGCCAACAGCUCCUGUGUAUAUUUCUAAAAACAUUUUUGAAAGCAUGUGAAAACAGUCGACCCCGAAAGCAAAUCUCAUUUCCAUAUAUCCUGUUUCACUUCUCUCUCUGCAUUAUGCAUAAUAACAGGUGGCAGGUUUGGGACCUUCAAAGAACUCCUAACCAUGAUCCAAUGAAUGUGCUGCUGGUGCCUUAUGUUCUCUCUUGACCUACAAUUAACAGAUGCAGGGGACAAGGAGAAUCAGACAAACACUUGGAAUACCCAGGAGAAGAAGCACCAGAUCUCAGUAAGCCUGAAGUUUGUGACCCUGACUAAAGUGGUUAAGCUGAGCUGCAAGUUCUCUGCCCUUGUAGAGGGUCAGCAGUGUUUGUUCUAUGUGGAUUCUAAACUCAAGGAGCUUGGUCGCUCAAAUGCCAGCCCAACCAAUGAUCCCACCCAGUAAAGGGGUCAGAGCUGCUUGGGUGGAAGCCCAGAGGGCUGUGGUCAAAGGUCACCGUCCAGUGUCAUUACGAAGAGGAGGAGGGCGUCCACUCACCUCCCAGCAAAAAUGUCACAGUGGUGGUGUGGAACACAAACAUGCUGACUAAGUACAUCAUCGGAUGUAUGGCCCUGAUAGGAUUCAUAAUUCUACUUGCAGUAUUCAUAUUCUGCAUCACCUGUGUCCUCUCACUGAAAGCAAAGAGGAACGGACGCCUCGUCAUAACAAGAUCGCCCAGUGACCAGACAUUGCCAGGAGACCCUACCGUAACAAGAAGGUGAAGAUGAUUGGUGCUAUGCCACCGUGUCCCAUGCUGGUGCUCCUCCAUCCUACUCAGUCAAGUUUGAGCAAGGCCAUGACUAUGCCACAAUGGUCAUAUACUGACCAGCAUGUGCCGACCUAAAUGGACAUGAAAGGACUGUUACGUUUCCCAGUUUCUGUGUUGUGGUUUGUGUAUUUGUAUGUUUUUAUUUCUGCAAAUGGCUUCCUGAAAUUCUCCAAGCAGCUGAUUGGUCGGCCCCAUUACUGAUUGGAGAGCUGACCCCGCCUCCUCGUCAGGAUACAGCUGUCUCCAAUUAACAACUCCUUCUCCAGCUAUAUAAGCCCGUGUUCUGUUGCUCAGAGAGAGGGAUGAUUGCUGAGAGAGAAGGCUGAUGGCUAAUUAUGUGUUGUUCAGAGAUUUCUUAAGUAUUGUGUAGCUGCUGAUUUGAGGUAUGUGUGUGUGCCAAUAGAACUGUGGUUUUGAUUGUUGGAAUUACUUACUUACAUUUGUAUUUGUUUCGUUUGUUCCCAGGGGGGAAGGGGAAGGCACCUAGGGAGUGCUUAGGCAAGAGGCCCGUGUGCAUACAUUACCCGUAGUAGUUUGUCUAUGCACACUAGGAAAGACCUGGGCGGACCAUCC